AUGUAUAUCAAACAAAGGAACCAUAAGCCAACAUUGGAGGAGGUUGCUCCUACCAUAUUGGAGAUUGCUAGGUUGGAGCGUGAAAUCAAAAGGAGGCAUAAGGAAAUCAUGCUGGGUAGACGGAUUGCAGAAGAGAAACAUGUGGAACACUUCAAACCUCUAGCUGAGCCACUAGUCAACCUAGUCGAAACCUUCCAACAGAUGCCAGUUCAACAACCACAACUACCUCCAUCAAGAGCAUCCAAGAAGCAUCCUAGGUAUCUGAAGCCUAGAAUAAAAAUGCGCUCCAGGCAUGUGAAGGCUGGAAAACAGGUAGCUGAUUACAUUAGAGGAUCAUUGAGCAUGGACAAUGACGAUUUUGAUGACACUUUUGGGCCAAGAGUGAGAGACAAUGCUUACUACCUGGGCAAUAAGUAUUUAACUUUUGGAGAGAAUGGUGAUGAAAUUGUGCUGACUGACCCUGUAGAUCAGGAAGAAAAGACCUUCACAGCUACAUUGGGACUUUGUGAGUUGAUUUUCAGGAAGAAUCCAAAUCGUGCAUUAGUUGAAUCUGCUGACAGACAGGCUUAUGGAGAAAUAUUGAACUGGACCAGUGUGCACAGACAGAACAAUGAUCCAAGAGGUGAGAUUGUUAACUACAACAAAGCCAAGUAUAAGAAUAAAAUCAAACGCCUUUUGGAUGAUAGCAGAGAUGGUGGUCAAAGACAUUCUGGGAGACAAGUGACUGGGAGAGGAUCUAUUGCCCCAAGGCGUGAUUUUAGUAAGGAGAAAAGUCAGAAGAUCUAUAGAGGAAGAGGUGUUCUGUCAGCUAUCAAGGGAGCUGCUGGUACAAUAGUUAAUAAGGCAAUCGACAUUCUACCAGUUGAACUUCAUAUCCCUGGCUAUCAAUACUGUGGACCAGGAACAAAACUUCAGAAGCGAUUAGCACAAGGUGAUCCAGGAAUCAACAAACUUGAUCAGGCUUGCAAGGAGCAUGAUAUUGCCUAUUCCAAGAGUGGUGAUACAGCAAGCAGAGCAGUAGCAGACAGCAUCUUGGCAGAGAGAGCCUGGGACAGAGUGAGAUCUGAUGAUGCAGGGGUGUUGGAAAAAGCUGCAGCACUAGCAGUCACCAACAUUAUGAAGGCUAAGGCAAAAUUUGGGGGAGGUAUGAAAAGAUCGCUGAAGGAAGUCAGCAGGGUGGUUGAGAAGGGGAAGGAACAAAAGAUUCAACCAUCGAAGAAAAAAUCAAUGAAAGGAGGUCUAGGUCUUUACUUGAGACAUCAGAAACCAAAGGUUGGUACAGGUCUUUACUUGAGACAGCAGAGAUCAAAGGUCGGUAAAGGUCUUUACUUGAGAAAGCAGAGAACAGCAACACCUUAGACAUUAUAUUGAGGUACAAUCAAAAUCAUAAUGCUAUACAAAAAUGUAUAUAUAUUGGAUACAUAGCAGAUUAGAUUCAUUGUGCUGGAAUCAUCUGUGGAGAAUAGACAUUUUGUCGAUCAACUGUGUAUCUAGAACAAUAGAGAAGAUGGUACUCCUAUUCUCAAAGUGGGCCGACUAUGGUGAGACAAAUUUACCAUCAAUCUCCCCAUUUGAUCUGAAGAUGGUUGAGUAUCAUGUAGAAGAUGAG